AAUUAUAUACUAAACAACAUUGAAAUGUCAAAUGUUUUUAAUUCAAACAGAGUCAAUAUAAUUAUUUCAUAUUUUUCAUAAUAUAAUAAUAGUGGUAACAAUAAAAAAAUGGGUCGACGGUCAAUUAAUACCACGAAAAGUGGUAAAUACAUGAAUCCGACGGAUCAAGCAAGAAAAGAGGCCAGAAAACAGGAAUUAAAGAAGAAUAAGAAACAGCGGCAAAUGGUCAGAGCUGCUGUAUUGAAAGGAAAAGAUCCUCAGCAAAUUUUAGAAGAAAUGGAGAAGAUCGAUCAAAUGGAGUACAAUGUUAAUCAACCGUCUCCACUCAACGAAAAAGUGCUUAAGGACAAAAGGAAAAAACUUAAAGAAACUCUGGACAGAGUUUUGAGCAUGUAUUAUAAGGAUGAUCCAGAUAAAUGGGCGGAGUUAAGGAGAAGGCAAACUGAAUAUGAACUAAAAAGGAAUCAACUGGUCUCAUUUUAUGAAUCUGUUAAAAGUGCCCAACAAGUGCAAGUGGAUGAAAUACCUCUGCCUCAGUUGCCUCAAGCUCCUGCAAACGCAGCAGCUCAAAUACCACUGCCUACCGAAAGGAAACAAGAACACACAAUUUAUUCCAUUGCAACAGCUUUAAAAUUACAAGCGUUGGGUCAACCAGUUAGAGAACCUCCAGGUUGUCCGCCUGGUCCACCUCCUGAUAUAAAUGACGACGGUGAAAUUGAAGAGUUCUGUUUUAAGUUCGCUGAAGAAGACAAGGAGGAGGCUGCUGAAGAAUCGUCCAGCGAUACCGAAUCGUCAACAGUAAAACCGACAUCGUUACAACAAAAAAUGGUGGCCUUGUCUGGGCAAAACGUCGACGAGUUCAUGAAGGAAAUGGAAACUGUACAAAAGAAGAUGGAAUCCAACAAAGAAGAAGAGAGGACGAAAUUGACGGCACACAUCGAACCGUUAGUGCCGCCCGGUACGGAAGCGCAGCAGUCACAAAACAAUCCACCCGGUCCUCCUCCCCUUCUAUUCUCGGGACAGUUACGACUGCCGCCCGGUCCACCGCCCGGCAGGCCGCUCAUGCCUCCAGGUCCCCCGCCUGGUCUACCACCCAGGCUGCCGAUGAGAAUACCACCGGCACCGCCCAGAAUCAUACGGUUACCUCCUCCCAACAUCUCCGCCCCCAAUUUGCUGACGCAACCGAACGUACUUUCGGCCGCCCCUCAAUUGAUAAACAGACAGGACGGCGUCGUUACUAAGCAGCAGGGGGCGACGAUUUCCGCCAAGCCGCAGAUAAGGAACUUAAGCGCGGACGUGACUAGGUUCGUGCCCUCGACGUUAAGAAUCAAACGGGAGGAUAAAAAACCAAAGACCAACACCAGGGCUCUGGUGCAUGAGCUCAAGCAGAAAGAGUACCACAUGCACCAGAACGCACUUGCCGGCAGGCACACCAAGGACGACGCUUACAAACAGUUCAUGGAAGAAAUGGAGAGUCUGCUGUAAACCUUUUGAUUAAGUAAAAAUAAAAAAAAAAACGAUCUAUUUAUUAGUGAAUUUAUUUAAUUUACAAACGGUAUACCACUAUAUAUGAAUAUAUUGGAAGAUACUGAUAAAAUGACAAUUUCCUAAAAUUAUAUAAUAAAAUAUACAUUUUUUUA